AUCUGGCAGCCUCAUUUGAAGAUGAAAUAUCACCGUGAGGCGUGGUAUCUGAGCAAGCAGGUACAGAAAAUCCAGUUCUUCCACAUGUAAGCCACCAAGACUCCAUUCAGUUCUCUUCAUACUAUCUCCAAGAUUAACGCAGUCUUUAUCCUUGCUUGUUAAACUGACAGCAUGUUUGUUGCAAAGGCUUUUUUGGAAGGGGCAGGACGGGGCCUUGGAGAAGCUCUGGGAGGCCUUCUUGGAGGUGGUCAGAGAAGAGGAGGAGGAGGAGGAGGAAAUAUUGGAGGGCUAGUAGGAGGAAUUGUGAAUUUCAUCAGCGAGGCUGCUGCAGCUCAAUACACUCCAGAACCACCUCCCACUCCUCAGCAUUUCACCAAUGUGGAGGCUUCCGAAAGUGAGGAAGUUAGGCGGUUUCGGCAACAAUUUGCACAGCUGGCUGGACCAGACAUGGAGGUGGGUGCCACUGACUUGAUGAAUAUCCUCAACAAAGUCCUUUCUAAGCACAAGGAACUCAAAACCGAUGGCUUUAGUCUUGACACCUGCCGGAGCAUUGUAUCUGUUAUGGACAGUGACACCACUGGGAAGCUGGGCUUUGAAGAAUUUAAGUAUCUGUGGAAUAACAUCAAGAAGUGGCAGUGUGUCUAUAAGGAGUAUGACAGAGACCACUCGGGGUUUCUGAAAAGUUCUCAGCUGCAGGAAGCUCUGCAGGAAGCUGGCUUCCAGCUAAAUGAACAACUUUACCAAAUGAUUCUCCGGCGGUAUGCUGAGGAUGACGGAGGUAUGGAUUUUAACAACUUCAUCAGCUGCCUGGUCCGCCUGGAUGCCAUGUUUCGUGCCUUCAAGUCUCUGGACAGAGAUGCAGAUGGCCUGAUUCAGGUGUCUAUCAGAGAAUGGCUGCAGCUGACCAUGUAUUCCUGAAGUGAGCAGAGAACCGAGGUCUCCCUGGAGGACAAGACUGCUGAGAACCUUGCCACACUGUCCACAGUUGCUGUCACCCUUCCAGCAGCAGUCAUUUCACGGAGAGGUUUCAUAACCCUACACAUUUCUGAUUGUUGGCUUCCUUUUACGGCUUAAUUAAAAGUUUUUUUUUAAAACGAAAAUUGUUUUGAGUGGUUUGUAUGUCAGCUUUUUAAAAUAUUGGAUUUAUAUAGACAUAUAUGUGACUGGGAGGAAUGGGGUAGAUUUUUAAAGGUUGUUGCUUAUUCUGUGAAUGGAUUCCAAGGAGUUGGAAAUUUAUCAUUGUUGUGGCUGUUAUUAAUAAUUAAAUUUUUAAGAAAUGCUGGAAUAAAUCAAAGCACUCAGGAG